GGCGGAAGCCGGAAGCUGCGGCUGCUGACGCUGUUUUCUGUUUGGGCAGCAGGACAAGAGCAAAUGCAAACCAUGGUUGAUUUUGCUUAAUCGAAUGGCGCCUGUAACUGGCAGUGGCGCUUCAUGGUCUCGUCCUUUCUUCUCCUCUCGUUUCUUGGGCAAGAUGCUGCGGCUUUUUGGCGCUUUUGUUAUGGCGGGGCUGGUGUUCGCCUAUCUGACUUCCUGGGUUUUGGAAAGCUAUAACACUGCAUGGCAUCCCAAAAGGAGCGUCGGGAAAUCAAACUCUAGUGCCGGGGAAGGAGGUUGGAACAACGCCCCACCGUAUCCCGGCGGGCAGCUGGAUAAUAUAUUUUGGUUUGUGCAAGUCUCGGACAUUCACAUCAGUCGCUUCCGCGACCCAAGGCGUGUUCCAGAUUUCAAAAAGUUCUGCACGGAUACAAUUGGUGUCAUAAAACCAGCCCUGGUUCUGGUUACAGGAGACCUGACAGAUGCUAAAACAGAGAGCAAGAUGGGCUCCUUACAGCAUGAAGUGGAGUGGCAGGCCUAUCAUAAUGUCCUUAAGGGUUCACGUGUGCUGGAACACACGAAGUGGAUUGACAUCCGUGGGAAUCAUGACUCAUUCAAUAUAAUUUCCCUGGACAGUGUAAACAAUUACUACAGGAAGUACUCUGCCACUCGACAGGCAGGUUCCUUCCACUAUGUCCAUAGGACACCCUUUGGAAAUUAUUCAUACAUCUGUGCAGAUGCAACGCUCACGCCAGGCCCUAAACGCCCUUACAACUUCUUCGGCAUUCUUGAUCAGACUCAGAUGGAUAUACUGACAAUGCUCAAAUUAGAGAGCCAGGACAGUAACCAGACCGUCUGGUUUGGACACUACACCACAUCCACCAUAAUCUCAUCCUCUCCCGGAAUCCGAGAGCUAAUGAGUUCAGCAGUGGCCUACUUAUGUGGACAUCUGCACACACUGGGAGGUCUGAUGCCUGUUCUCCAUAGCCGACACCAUCAGGGCACCCUGGAAUUGGAGCUGGGAGACUGGAUGGAUAACCGCAGGUACAGAGUGCUUGCGUUUGACCACGACCUGCUGAGUUUCUCUGACCUGACCUUUGAGCAGUGGCCUGUUGCAGUCAUCACCAACCCCAAGGAGGCCCUCUACCGACAUCCCGUUGUGGAGCCAUUGGGCCGCAUACGUCAUUCCACGCAUAUCAGAGUUCUAGCAUUUUCUGAGGCUCAGAUCACGGCAGUACAUAUCAGUGUGGAUGGACAUGCUCUGGGGGAGGGUUACUCAGUUGGGGGCCCCCUGUAUGUCCUACCCUGGGACCCUUCUUUGUAUAGUACUGGACUGCAUUCCAUCAUGGUCAAAAUUGAGGACUCAGCUGGCCGGUUUGUGGCGUAUGAGCAGCAGUUCACGCUAGAAGACAGCUUCUCUCUAAGCUUUGGCUUCCUACAAUCCUUUAUCCUGCUGACUGACCACUACAUAUUGGCCCGAGUCACCUUCGUGUUGACGGUCUUGCUGAAUAUUGGUGUACUGCUGGCUUUCAGGUUCCUGCAGCCUCCAACCACGAGAGUUUCAUCAGGGAUCAUCUCUCAGACAUGCCUCUCCAUACACCUUAUAAGUAAAACAAACAUCUUCUAUUAUUCCCUGCUGCUUUUCAAUUUGUACACCGCUUUAGGUCCCUGGUUUGUUGGGGAGGUGAUUGAUGGACGUAGCGGUGCCUGCUUCGCCUUUGGGGUGUUUGUCAAUGGCUACUUCCUGAAGGGCAGUUUAACAUACGUUGUUGGAAUUCUGCAGGUCGUUUUCUUCAACAUGCCUCUGACUUGCUACCUCUGCUGGAGCCUCUACUUGCGUUCCCGUGGCAACUGCUUCCGUUCACACUUCAGGCGAGCAGAUCACAUUAGAACUGUGCCCGUACAUUUGGUGAUGUUGGGGUUGCUCAUAUGGCAAGCCUACUCGUGCUACUUCCUGCUGGAGACCUAUGGACUUCUGGCCUUCUUCCUAUCGCCCGUCAGAUGCUGGGCCCUCGGGCUGGGUUUGCUGCUGAUAUACCACGCCUGGAGAGGGCCUAGCCCUCGUGUCUCUGCAAUGGCAGUAAGGCCGUCAUAGCAUCACGAUUCCGAAAUCUGACACUCAAGGUUGUGUUCCUUUUUUUUCUAGAAUGAAAUUUAUUUUGCUUUAUUUUAAUUAAUGGUUUAUUUGGGGUAAGAUCUUUUAUUUUUAACCACUGCUUAAAAGGUCUUUAUAUCUAAUGAAAGACCAGAAAUAUUAAGUCACAUAAUGGAGGUACCGAAUCCCCAACAGACAUGGUUAAUACUCAUUACAAAUCACCAGUAUGCAUGAGAAAUGUUUCACCUCCCACAUGUACAUACUCUCUCGAGUAUGUCAUGCAGCACAGUAUUCUUUGAGAUUUGGAGUCCGCAGUCCUUUUUCAUGUUUUCCACAGAUUUCCAGUACUGCAAAUCUUUCAAGUUCUGCAAGUAUAUUUAGCGGGUCUAGUGUACUUCAGGUAUCCGAAUGAUCAGAUUGGUUUCUACAAGAAAUCAUUUUAACCCUUAAACCUGGUACUUUAUAAAGUUGUAGCAAUGUGGCUCACAUAAGGUACUGUGGGGUGCUGUGUUUGCACAUGUGUGUAACUAGAUGGGUUUUUUUAGCAUGUGUUUUGGCUUCCAAGUGUGUGGAUGCUUAUCCUCCCAAUCAUAAAACACCUAGAACACUAUUGGAAUAUGUCUGCCUGCAACUGAACAAUCGGUAGAUGAAGCAUAUUUUACUCGUUCUGAGUAGGGAGUCAGGAAGGGUUGAGGGUAGAGCACCUGUUUGAUGGUAGAGUACGUGUUUGUACUGUGCUGUAAGUCUCCUAACAUAUAGCUGCAACACCAUGAUUUCCAACUUGUCAAAGCUCACUAUUUAAGGAAAACAGUACAAGGCACCUGUUUACACUCUGUCAAAGGUAUUAACUAAUGUCGUUGCUUUGUAAAUUAGGAAAAUAGGAUUUCUGAUGUUAAAUGUGUAAGGAAAGGAUAGAAAAAUUUUCAAAAAAUACGUUGUGUGAAGAUUUAAAGGUGGACUGAAGGUUUCUCAAACAAAAUAGGAUUUCAUACUAGACACUGUAAAGAAUGGAACAGGUUUUCACUUAAUAGUCAUUACUGUAAAUACUGGUGUUUGUGUGUUUGAAAUCCCAUUGUUUAUCAUAGUUGUGCUACUGCCAUUUGACAUUCCAUCAUAUGUACUUGUGGAAAUAUGUGUUGAUUUCUAAAGAUGAAUCUUGGUAUUUAAUAUUGCAAGAUGUUUGUUGGGCUGUUUACGUCCUGCCAAUGAACACAUUGUUUCUCAGGAAUGUGCCAUGAUUUGAGAAUGUAUUUUAACUUAUUUUACAGUCCCUUUAGAUACUCUGAAUUGACAAUUGUUGACAUAGUUGACAAAAAUAUACAUUAGUUACAAUUACUCAAUCAUGUUUAGCAGAAUGUUAAGCUAUAAGUGCAAUCUUGAAAAAGUAAACACUUCUGAUCGUUAUGGUCUGUGUUGAUGGAUACUUCCAUUGGUUUUUGUUGUCCACAUUAUAUAUUGUUUAAAGAAGGAUGUUUAUAAGCACUAGCUAGUUCCUAUUACUAGCGGAGUAAAAACACAAAGGACAAACUGUAAAUGACUAUGAGGGAGGGGCUAUAAAGUGACUGGUUGACUGCAGCAGCUCAAAGGUCAGUGCUUUGCUCGUGUUUGUCCCCUUGUGGUUGGCUGCAGUUAAGCCUCAUGGUGAUUGACCCACAAACAGAAUACAAGCAAUGGAUUUGUAUCAUUUCUACGGAUUUUAAAGGUGGUCAAUAGGAAUUUUGUUUACAUUAUGCCAUUGGAAUCACGUUUGAUAUUUUUAAACUGGAUGACAUUGUUCUACUAUAUGUGAAAUUAGGGAAAUAUGUAUUAAAAUGGAAUUUAUAGUGCUGUGAA